UAUGGAUAGCUGUGCGUCCGUGGAACGGGAAGUUGAUAAGUUCAUGUCAAAAAUGAAUACCUAUUCUCAAUCUAUGAGCAGAAACAGAAUCGAGUGUGAACAUCUUUUAGACUCGACUAGGAAAAAAAUUGAUGCUGACGAAACAGCUGAAGUUGGCCAGAAUCUUACUAAGUUGAAAUCAGUUGCGCAGUCAAUUGCAAACGACCACAAAGAACUUCAUUCUACAAUUUGUAAAGUGGGUAAAUCAAUUGACAAAAACUUCGUACCACAGGACGGCAAUUUGCUAAAUGUAGGGUUCCUGCAAGACCAAAACAAAAAGAAAAUGGUCCACCAAGUCAUGUGUGACUAUUUCAUCAGACAGGGAAGUUUGGAAGUGGCAAAAAGUUUAAUAGAAGAAGCGCAAAUACCCCUAACCGAAGAGCAAAAAAAUCUAUUCUCGCGCGUUUCAUAUGCUGUACAGGAACUGAAAAAUCAAAACAUUGAGCCUUGUGUGAUGUUUGUCGAGGAUUAUGAAGAGCAAUUAAUAGCAAUAUCGAGCAGCUUGGAAUUCUACCUUCUGAAAAUUCGAUUUUUAGAACUAGUUUCGUCUGGAAAAAGAAUGGAAGCUCUAGCUAUGUCUUCCAAGUUAUCGAAAUUUUCAGCUAAACACUCAGUGGAAAUUCAACAACUGAUGGGCAAUCUAAUUUUUGCAUCUACUUCAAACAGUUCAGGAUCCCAUAUUUCUUCCGGGAGUUUAAAUGAAAACAAAUUGGGCCAUUCCGAUUCUGAAACUUACAACCAGUUAGUUGAAAUUUUGACGUCCGAUCUCAGUUUGCUCCUCGAGUUUGGAACCCGUGGGUCCUCGAAGUCUCAUUUGACUACGUGCAUGGAGGCUGGUUGCCAACUUCUGCCUAGUUUGGUGAAUCUUAAGCAAGCAAUGACACAGGGCAAAAUUGGCAGUCUUUGGAACCCUAGAGAUGAAUUACCCCUGGAAAUAAAUUUAAAGUUGUGUCAGUAUCAUUCGCUAGUUGCAUGUCCCAUUUUGAGGCAACCGACUAAUGAAGACAACCCUGCGAUGAGAUUAUUCUGUGGUCAUAUCAUUUCCAAGGAAGCCCUUUCGAAGAUAUCUUCAUCACAUGGGAAACUUAAGUGUCCAUAUUGUCCAGUUGAACAAAGUGCAAAAAAUGCGCUCAUGGUCAAAUUUUAGAAAAUUAAUGAUUAUAUUAAACUUCAGCUCUUACCUUUUAAGAUUUUGGAAAGCGUAUUUCAUACGCUAGCUUAAGCUCAUACCUUGUCACAUAUACAGAUAUUGUUCGUCCUGAUUUCAAGUUCGUUUUCUCAAAAAAAAUAUGUGUCAGAUCUAAUCUUUGAGCUUGAGGCAUGAUCAGUCAUUUUGGCUUCUUAAGUUUUUUUUAAACCCGCUGAGACACGCGAGUUAAUAACAAACAAAUAUUGUCUACAUUUUUGGUUCACGGUAUCAUUGGAAAAAUUUUCGAUGCAUUUUGUAAAUGUUGUUUUUCAGUU